AUGCCUCUAUAUGCAAAAUUUCUCAAAGAACUCAUUAACAAGAAGAGAAGCUGGAAUGAAAAGGAGACAGUGAUCUUGACACAAGAAUGCAAUGCAGUGAUUCAAAAGGGUCUCCCACCAAAGCUCAAGGACCUAGGGAGCUUCAUCAUAUCAUGCACCAUAGGCAACAUGACACUAGAAAAUGCUCUCUGUGAGUUAGGUGCCAGCAUUAACAUGAUGCCUCUCUCAAUGAUGAAAAAGCUUGAAAUAGAGGAAGUCAAACCAACAAGAAUGUCACUUCAAAUGGCAGACAGAUCACUCAAGAUACCUAAUGGAAUUGUAGAAAACUUAUUGGUGAAUAUUAGAGAAUUCAUUUUCCCUUCUGAUUUUGUCAUCUUAGACAUGGAAGAAGAGGGACACAACUCAAUUAUCUUGGGGCGACCUUUCUUGGCCAUAACAAGAGCUAUAAUUAAUGUAGAGAAAGGCGAAAUGACCCUUAGGGUACAUGAUGAAAAAAUGAUCAUCAAUGCUUUUAAGGCCAUGCAAUAUCCCCUUGAGAAGGAGAAGCAUAUGAGGGUGGAAAUGAUAGAAAAAUUGGAGGAAGAGUUACUUGAAGCCAACUGUCAGGAGGAACAAGAAGAAGAAACAAAAGAAAAAUAA